ACAAAGCAAGUAACUUUGCGGCCGUCGCCAAAAGCACCUACGAAUACAUAUCAAAUUGCAGCAGCAAGCUGAGAUUUAAACAAAAUGGGAAGCCGAGAAGAAUUGCUGUUCAGAGCGAAACUGGCAGAACAAACAGAGCGCUAUGAAGAAAUGGCUGCCUAUAUGAAUAAGAUCGUAAAACUUGGAUCUGACUUAUCACCAGAGGAGAGGAAUCUAUUUUCAUUGAGCCACAAACAUCUAAUUGGGCCAAAACGAUCGGCCCUGAAAGUAAUUACUGCUGCAGUAGAGAAGGAUGAAAAGGAACUUUCUCCCUUUGUGAAAUAUGACAAGAUCUUCAAAAAGCAAGUCGAAUCAGAAAUGCGUCAAGCAUCGCACACCAUGAUCGGUCUGAUUGAAAAUUAUCUUGUAAAGGCAGAUACAGCGCCUGAAUCUAAGGUAUUCUACCUGAAGCUGCGCGCGGACUACUUUCGCUACCUUGCGGAAUUCGAAGAAGGAAAUGACAAAAACGACGCUGCGGAAUAUAGCCUUGCUGCAUACAAAGAAGCGUAUGAAAUAGCUUGCUCAGGACUAAGACCAACCCAUCCUAUGCGACUUGGUGUUGCGUUAAAUUUCGCUGUUUUCUACUAUGAAAUAGUCCAUUCUGCUGAUCGUGCCUGCAAACUCGCAAAACAAGCAUUUGAUGAUGCAAUCGCAGAAUUAGAUAACAUUUCAGAAGAAAAUUACAAAGACUCAACCCUUAUUAUGCAACUUUUAAGAGACAACCUCAGGCUAUGGAUAAACGACAUGCAGAAAUAUGAAGAAGAACCAAGAACUGAACAGCGCUGAAUUCCCGAUAAUUUAAGGAAAACUCGUAUUUGGCAGCCCACACAAAUUUUUCAGUAUGGAUGACUAAGAAGUACGCACUGUUGUCCUCCAAUGGAAGAGCUCACUCGGCAAUAGAGGCUACCUGGUCAUCAACGCAAACCGAUACACGAUCAUUCACGGUGAAAAUGAUUAGACGAUGUGCCAGGUAAAAAAAUAAAACGACCUCAAUGCCAGUGUUA